CGUGAGUAGUGCUCAGGGUUGCCGCAGAACACCGGUCUUUUUUCUUUCACUAUUUCAAACGCAUCAUCCCACCGUUUCUUUCCUCUUUCCAAGUUCAGUUUUUGUUUUUAGGUCAGUUGCAUGCAUUGUUCGUCUCCAAAAAUGGUUUGCGAGACUAAAAUUGUUGCUGACGAACAUGAUGCGAUACCUGGGACCAAAAAAGAUAUGAUCGUUUCUUCCUCACAGAUGUGGACUUCUUCCACACCUGCACUAAACCCUCACGAGGAGAAGGAUGUGAGAAAAGAUAAGGUUUUUAUCCGUGAGUUUGAGCGCACGGACCAUGUGGAAGUGCGGCGAAUCUUUUAUGAAGGCAUUAUGGAGAGGAUACCUAAUACUGCAUUUCGGGGACUUAAACAGCAAACAGAAACCCAGUUCAUAUACGUUGUUCUUACAUUAAUGUGCUUUGUUGUGACCCAGUCCUUGGCGCUGACCUGCUGUGCGCCGAUCAUUCUCAUGGGCGCGCGUUAUUACUACAGUAGGAAAGUCAUCCUCAACUAUCUGGAUUACGCGCUCCAAACUGACAUGGCGGACAUCGAGGCAUAUUACAUGAAACCUACAGGCUCCUGCUUCUGGGUGGCGGUGCUGGAGGGUCAGGUGGUGGGCAUCGUGGCGGCACAAGGCCGGGAGGACGACAACACGGUGGAACUGCGCCGCAUGUCCGUCGACUCGCGCUUCCGCGGCAAGGGCAUCGCCAAGGUGCUGGGCCGCCGCGUACUGGAGUUCGCCGUGCUCAACAACUUUGCCGCCGUCGUCUUGGGGACCACCGCCGUCAAGAUGGCUGCCCACAAGCUGUACGAGUCGCUGGGCUUCCGGCGGACGGGAGAGAGCGAGGUCUACCGGCUCCCUGGGAUGAGCUGCUCUCCUCUGGAGAGGGUGUUCUUCCAGAUCCGUUACCACCGUUACCGCUUGCAGCUCCGCGAGGAGUGACGGGGUGGAGGGAGGGAUGGAUGGAGAGAGAUGGAGAGAAGGACGGAGAGAGGGAGAGAGAAGGAGGGAGAGAGAGAGCGCGCAAACGGCCCUCCUCAACCACCGAGCCCUAACCCAAGCCUUCUCCUCUUUGACAGCUUUAUUUAUUUGAAACCAUUAGAGUUCUUUCUUCUACUACUGCCUAUCACUUUACUAUUUCUAUUCCUCAUAAAGCCACUAACUUUUCAUGGUUUGUUUUUUUAUUUGUA